AUGAAGGCACCUCCCGAGGGGCCAGCCAUGUUCUUCUCUGACGGCUCCACCUUGCUACGAUCUAUGAAAGAUGAAAGCCUUCGGGCCACAUGGGCACCUUCGCUCAUCGAUCCAUCUCCGGCCAGUGCACAACUUGCGAGAGCUCAUUUCGAGAAGCACCCACCGAAUAAUCUACGGAAGUCGAAUUUUUUCCACUUUGUCGUCGCCUUGUAUGAUCGUGCAAGCCAGCCAAUUGAAAUUGAGCGAACUCAAUUCGCUGGAUUCAUCGAAAAAGAUAGAGAGAUUGACGGUCAGGAUACGAAGAAUGGAAUACACUACAAACUUUAUGUGCUGUUUCAGAACGGCCUUCGUGCUGAACAGGAUCUCUUUGUACGGCUGAUCGACAGUGUAUCUAAGCAGGCUAUCACGUAUGAGGGACAGGACAAAAAUCCUGAAAUGUGUCGGGUGCUACUGACGCAUGAAGUGAUGUGCAGUCGAUGCUGUGAGAAGAAGAGCUGUGGUAACCGCAAUGAAACUCCAAGUGAUCCAAUCAUCAUCGACAAAUAUUUUCUCAAAUUCUUCCUGAAAUGCAAUCAAAAUUGCUUAAAAAAUGCAGGAAACCCAAGGGAUAUGCGACGAUUUCAGGCAAGUUUGUGUUCAUUGUGUUAA